AAACCGUUACGCAACUCCAAGACUGUCGCAGGGGAAGAGGAUGCAGACUAUCAGUCCGCAUCUUUCCGCUUCCUCAACCCCCCAAAGGCCAAAUCCCAAUUUCCAACCUACCAAUUGCAGCAACCCUCAUCGAUCGUAAGUUGCUGUCUUUCUGGUCGCACGCAGCACUCGGACGUCGCACAACGGUGAAGAGUGUUUUGGUUUCUGGCUUUCUUCUCUAAUUGGUCUUCCGUGGUAAACUGAGAGGCGUGAGAGCUGCUCUUCAGGGGUAAGCGGAGGCUUGAGAUUCUGAGAACUGCUGGUCUGCUGCCUAAGUCACGAUUAAGUGGCUAAGAGGAAAAUGGCAAAGUCGUGCAAGGGAUUAGCUGCGGAACUAGUGAAAUGCCUCAGUGAAUCUGACUGUGUCAAAGUUCAGAAUCGGCCCUACAGGGAAUGUGCCAAGGAGAAGACCCCUUCCAUUUCCACCGAGUGUGUUGGGCUGAGAGAGACCUACUUCAAUUGCAAGAGAGGACAGAAAAGGAUCCCAACUUAUGAUGGAUGCGUAUGUGACCAAACUAAGAUUUUGAACAAAAGCAUUACCCAGUGCCGCAAAGGCUCACACCUACGGUGGGAUAAGAGGUCGGAUGUAUGUAGCCUCACCUUUGUACUAAAGCGCAGAGAUAUUGUUUUUGGAUUAUCCAUGAUGAAAAUCGAGUUGAAAUUUGUAUGGACUGAUUGCUGCUUCAUAACAAAGAAGCGCAAACAAUUUAGUGACGCGUUUUGCUUUAUUUCAUCAUAUUUCCAAGUCAAAAAAUAGUGAGUCUUUGACUCUAUUGGAAAUUUUGGAUCAUGCGUCCUCUUUUAAUUCACUCGUCUGUACUCUAUAAUGAUGUCUAAAAUGUUGCACAUUGUUGUUACUGUUGUUAAUUCCUAUCUUGUUGUUGUAAAUUGUGACGUCUUCUUGCAUGUCAAAUAACUAUUUCAUUAGGUUGACAUGAGAGCUCGGAUACGCGGAAACAAAGGUUAUUGAGAUGAUAUAUACAUAGUAUAGAUAAAUACUUCCUUCAUUGCUGCUCGCCAUGUUGUACUUCAUAGUGAGGGAGGGAUGAUGAGCAAAGAGGAAUUGGAAUACGCAUUAUCAAACUCUUUUUCUGGCCUGCAACUACUAAUACUAUAAGAGGAGGAUUGAUCAUUUUGAAUAUUUUUUUCAUGGUUCCAGUUUGACAAUGUCAAUUAAGUUGGGUUUAGUAUUGAUCAUACCUUAUUAUUAUUGUGUAGUCAUUAUCGGUUGCUAAUAAGCCUUUUUACGUC